GGUGUGGAACGGCAUGAGGUGCCAAGCAAGAGACAUUGCAGGAACAGGCUAGUUCACUGAGGAACUCUUCAUCCAUGUUCUCGGAAAAAUGAGGGGACUGUUUCUACUGCUACUUGUUUCGAUGGGCUUGGCCUCCUGUCCUGAUGGACAGUUCCAGUGUAUUCACUCUCAAGAAUGUCUUUCCAUGGAACUAGUGUGUGAUUUCCACCCCAACUGUGCGGAUGGAUCAGAUGAGGAGUUCUGUGGCCCUUGCAACUUUGAUGAACAUGCGUGCGGAUGGAUUGACUCCAGUAAUAAUGAAUUUAAAUGGCGUCGAGAGAUGGCAAACAUCAGUGAUGUCCCUGGUGUUGACCAUACCACAGGAUCACCUUGGGGUGGAGUUAUGCAUGCAGAAGAUGAUUAUGUAAAUUUAUUCUCGAAAGCAAUUUUGGAGCACACUCUUCCCAGGGCCACUGCAAUUGGAUGCAAACUAAGCUUUUGGUAUCAUCUCCAUGAUCCUGUGAAUAUCGCUUCCGACUUCUCCCUGAGUUUGAUUGGUGGCACUUCACCUAUAAAGUUAUGGUCGAUUAAAAAGGGCCAGACUAAUGGGUGGGAAAAUGCUUGUUUGUUAAUUGGUAAUCGUCCUCUGGGCUUGAAGCUCGUAUUUUCUGUGGAUCCUACAUUCAUCGGAGAUCAGGAUAUCAUGCUGGAUGACAUUACAAUGACAGACUGUGCAGAGAGAGACAUCCCUGCACCUUCAGAUCAUCUCAGCUGUGACUUUGAGAAUGACACCUGUUCCUGGUACUACGACCAGUCAACUGAAAUCACAUGGAAAAGAGAAGAUGGACAGAACCCUCCAAUUGGUUAUGAGGGACCUGCACAUGAUCACACCACUGGUUCUGGCUAUUUUAUGUUCAUAGCACCACAAUGGUCAUCUAAACCACCUCAGACAGCCAGACUGAUCGGAUUUCCACAGCAGGCCAAAUGUGUCAGCUUCUGGUAUAUUAUCUAUGGGGGAAAAAUUGGCUCUCUCAGUUUCAUAACCAAGCAUGCUAAUGGAAAUCAGACACUUAUGUGGAUGAGGACAGGGACUCAAGGCAACAAGUGGCGUUUUGUGGACCUUAGUUUCACAGACAGUGAAGAACCAGUUCAGAUGAUAUUUGAGGGCAUCUUGGAAGGCACUAAAGGCUACAUCGCCAUAGAUGACGUGCAGGUGUCAAAUGGGUCCUGUCCAGCUGAGCGGGAAUGCACCUUCCAAGGCUCUCUAUGCGGCCUGUCGUCAGACACUACAGCUGAUUUUACCUGGAUCCGAACUAACGGAGAACUGGCCACUGGCACCCCCAGCCCUGCAACGGACCAUACAUUAGAGACUGAUAAGGGCUUUUACCUGAGUGCACAGCUGUGGAAGAACCCCAGUGGCAGCAGAGGCAGCAUACUGAUGAACGUCAAUCAACCGUCCUCUGAGCACGGAGAGUGCUUGAUGUUCUGGUACCACAUGAGUGGAAGAGACGUGGGUUCUCUUAACAUAUAUGUCCAGGAGCUUCACAGUGCCAAAUCUCAAAUACUCGUAUGGAGUGUGAGUGGAGAUCAAGGAGAACAGUGGAGACACGGCAGAGCAACAGUCAUAAGUCCUCACAGCCCAUAUAAGGUCAUGUUUGAAGCAGUGGUUGGAAAUGAGCAGAACCAUGAUAUUGCCAUUGAUGACCUAACAAUCACAAAUGACCCUUGUCCACCUCGUGGGUUUUGUGAUUUUGAGAUGGACAUGUGUGGAUGGGUGAAUACUCAUGUCAACAGCUCCAGUGUUGACUGGAGCUGGACCUCUGGAACCAGUGCUGGUUCAUUUGGCCCCGAGGUCGACCACACCACAAACACUGCCAUGGGACAUUACAUGGCAUUUGACACAAGUAGCUCAACAGAUCAGAUUGCUCAUCUUGAGAGUGAGAUGAUGGAGACUGAAUCUCAAGGAUGUUUGGAGUUCUGGUUACACAUGCAUAUGUGGAGCGUUGAGAAGCUCACAUUGGCAAUUUAUGUAAAUGAGUCCGGUUCUCUACGUUGUCUGUGGAAUCAAACUGGCAAUCAUGAAAAUGUGUGGCACCAUGUCACUGUAGACUACCAAUCAUCUGAACGACACCAGAUUGUGUUUGAAGCCGUGCGCCCCUAUCAAUUCUUUGACUCAGCAGUCAUUGCUUUGGAUGACAUCUACAUCAGGAGGAACACGCGCUGCUCUGACCUGAUUCCGACAACACCAGCUCCCACAACCGAGCCCACCUCUCCGCCUGCGUCCUCCAUGGACUGCAACUUUCAGGAGGGACUAUGUGACUGGAUCCAGGAGACAGAUGAUGGAUUUGAUUGGAUCCAUCAAGUGGGUGGAAAGGUGAAUGAACCAUGGCUAGGACCUUUAUAUGACCACACGUUAAAAAAUGACAAUGGGUUUUAUCUCAUUAUAAAUAUGUCUGGAGAACAUGAAACCAGAGAGACAGCAGUCAUUUCAGCACCGAUGAUAAUUCAGAGCAGUGAAGUCUGUAUUGGAUUCUGGUACUACAUGUUAGGACCGUCUCUUGGAAACUUAGAUCUGCUUAUUGAGACGAAAACAAUGGAAACCAUCACAUGGACAAGAAGAGGCUCUCAGACGUCUGAGUGGCUGAACGCACAAGUCUCCAUUAGCACUUCAGACGUUGAUCGAGUAAAGAUCUUAGGGAGCAGAACAGCAGGAGGCAGCGGCUUCAUAGCCAUUGAUGACUUCAGAGUGACUGCAGGAGCCUGUGUGGAACAGAACCCGUGUGGAUUUGAGUCUCCCUUGCUGUGUGGCUUUGAACCCGAUGUGACUGACAGCAAUAUCUGGCUCCGUGAGGGUGGCGGCAGUGGCCAUACUGACCAUACGUACAGAACUGAACUUGGCCAUUCAAUGGCUGUGCUUGGGUCCAAUCUUCAGAAACCAGAGGUUUCAAAUCUUCUGACACCAGAGUAUAGCCCAUCUACAGAGUCCUGUGUGCAAUUCUGGUAUAGGCUGUCUGCAGGCUCAGGUGAUUCACUCUCAGUGCAUGUUCUUCUGAAUGGGGAGCUGGGUCCAGCUCUCUGGUCUCUGUCUGGAACGACUUCUGAUAGUUGGGAGGUAGCAGAGGUCACUGUGUCAUCUCCUUCCAAAUUCAGAGUGGCGUUCAGAGCAGAGCUCAGUCCAAACUCUGAGUCAUUUGUUCUUCUGGAUGAUGUCUCAAUUAAAACUGGAGCUUGUUCCCCAGCAGGAAGUUGUGAUUUUGAGUCAGGGAAGUGUACAUGGGUUAAUGUUGCUAAUGGAGUCACAGAUGAACAUGACUGGAUUCUUGCAGACGGUCACUACAGAGGUCCCCCUAUCGAUUACACUACUCACACUGCAGAUGGCAAAUUUCUUUUGAGCCAAUCUCAGAGGAACAGGCAAGGCCAAAAAAGCAGUUCUGUGCUGACCUCUGAAAGGAUCCGGCCGACCGGUGACUCCUGUUUUGAGUUCUGGUACCAUAUAAAUGGAAGUGACCCUGGGAUCCUUAGAGUGCUAUUAGAUUCAGAAGCAACAGAGCAAGAACUGCUGUUUGAAACACGGGUCACUGGGAACAACUGGGAAAAUGUCUCCAUUACUGUGUCUGAGACCAAACCCUUUCUGAUUCACAUAGAGGCUCAGACAGGCAGUGAAGGAUACAUCGCAGUGGAUGACAUUAGAUUGACAAAUGAGCCAUGUAAAGACAUCAGCGUGGAAAGUGGAGUGUUUGUUGGGUGUGACUUUGAGACAGACACUUGUGAAUGGAAAGAUAUCAGUGUUGGGCAGUUUGUUUGGGAGCGGGACCAGAAUGGUACAACCACCGCCAACACUGGCCCAUCAGUGGACCACACUACUGGCACAGAGCUGGGCUGGUACAUGGCAGUAGAAGCCAGUCAUGGUGACCAGAACAGCUAUGCUGCUUUACAGAGUCCUGCCAUGAAAGAGGCCAGCAAUGAGUGUCUGCUUGAAUUCUACUACCACAUGUUUGGAGAGGGCAUUGGGGAACUAAAAGUGGUCCUUCAAGAAGGUCCAAGGAGGACGCCCUUGUGGUGGAUGACUGGUAACCAUGGAGAUGAGUGGCAUCGGGCAGAGUUGAGUGUGGCUCGCACCCACCAGGUUUUCACUCUCCUCUUUGAAGCUACCAGAACCUUCAGCGAGCUCGGGGACAUCGCUAUAGAUGACAUCACCUUCUUCAACUGCACUCUCCCAGAGCCUCAUGAAUCUUGUCAAGAGGGCAUGUUCACAUGUUCCAACCGUGUGUGUGUGGAGCCGAGCAGAGUAUGUGACUAUAGCGAUGACUGCGGCGAUGGCAGUGAUGAAGAGCUCUGUGAUGUAAAGGGCUAUAAGCAUCGCUGCAGUUUCGAGCAGGGCAUGUGCUCGUGGGAAAAGAGUGACUUGGAAGCUGGCUGGAUUUUGCAGAAGGGAGAACAAGCCUGGCCUAAGCAUGGAUCACCAAGAGACCACACCCGUAACACUGCAGCAGGUCAUUACAUUACUCCAGCACAUGAGCUGACUGAGAUCCAUACAGCAGAGAUCAUCUCCAGAACCCUGCUGCCCAGCUCUGAUUGCACCGUGAGGUUCUACCACUAUUCUCACGGUGACAGCACUAGUUCCAGGCUAGUCGUCACACUGAGGAUGCUUCGUAAUGGAGAUGAUGACCAAAUACUUUGGGACAGGACUGUGAAGCAGAGCUUCCUCUGGCACAGAGCAGAAGUUACCUUUUCUACCUCAGUUAAGAGCAAGAUUGUUUUCCAGUAUGUGGGAAACGGUGAGACUCAAGCAUCGCAAACAGCGGUGGAUGAUAUUUCCUUCUCUGUGAAAUGCGUUCAUGAUCCUGACAACAGUGAGCUGCCAGUCACACCUGAGCCAACGAUGACACCAGCUACAACAACUACAACAACGACUGAUGCUCCUUCAGCUUCACCAACAGUCAACCCUUGUAAGGAGAAUGAAUUUCACUGCUGGCGGUCAGAUGGUGUAACAUGCAUUGCAGCUGGUGCUCAGUGUAAUUAUGUCCUAGACUGCCCUCUAGGGGAAGAUGAAGAAACCUGUGGUCCAUGCAAUUUUGAGAAUGGACAGUGCCAAUGGAGUGAUAUAAGUGUAGGUCCUAACAAGUGGCAAAGGGUAAAGGCCACAGACAACACAGACCUGCCUACUGACCACACCACUGGAACAGGGCACUACAUGCAGACAUUUAUUAUGGAUCCAUCUGAGAACGAGGCUGUGUUUCAAAGCCCAUCCCUGCCUAUCAGCUCUGCAUACUGUCAGCUUCUGUUUCACUUCCACGUAGGUGCAGGAAGUUCAGGCAAUCUUAGCGUGAUCCUACAGAAGGGAGAGGACAGGAAGCUGCUCUGGACACGAUCCAGCAGCACUUCAACUGAGUGGGUCCCAGAACGCUUACCACUGGGCAAACAAGACCAGUCUUAUAGGAUCAUUUUUAGCAUCCAGACCUCACUCACUACAUCUCAGACCACUGCCCUGGAUGAUGUCUCCUUUCACAACUGUGAGAUGGACUACCAACCUCCAGACUUUUCCUUGGCCACAUGCUCCUUUGAGAAGGACUUGUGUGGGUGGAUCCAGGGAGCUGCAGAGGACCUAGACUGGGAGAGAUGGAGCGGACCUACUGAGACCCCAAAUACAGGUCCUUCAGGUGACCACACCAGUGGAAAGGGGUAUUAUUUGUACAUCAACAGCUCAAGUCAUGGCAGAACUGGGGAAAUGGCUCAUUUGAAAUCUCCUCUGUCGCCCCCCACUGAACCUGAUGGGUAUUGCUUCACGUUCUGGUAUCACAUGUUUGGAGCAACAGUGGGAUCAUUAAGAAUGUCUAUAUAUGACAUUUCAUCCAACCACAUCACAUUAAUGUGGCAAAGGAAGGGGUCUCAGAGGAAUGAAUGGCAGUUGGCUCAGAGUCAUGUGAAACUGACAGAAGUUCAUCAGAUAUUAAUUGAGGCUUCAGUUGGAGGACUGUCUGGGUACAUUGCUAUAGAUGAUUUAGCUGUCACUAAAGGUGCCUGUGCUCCCACAGAGGGUCUUUGUGACUUUGAAGAGGGGGAUUGUGGCUGGAUACAACAGGCCGACGAUGACCUGGACUGGAUCCGAGUGUCAGGAAAUAAUGUAAAAUCUAAAUCUAGACCUGGUUUCGACCAUACAACCAACACAGCGAGUGGAUCCUACUUUUAUAUGGAAAGCGCUCCUACCCAUGUGCAAGGACAUCGUGCUAUAAUGACAUCUCCUCUGCUUCAAACAGGUGAUGCCAAGUGUCUCCAGCUAUGGUAUUACAUGGAGGGACAGGGCACUGGGACCCUAAAUGUGUAUCAGCAGUUCUCAGACAAAGACCAGCCCCUGCUGGAGACCAAGUCUGGAGAGCAGGGAGGACUGUGGAGGUUUGCCCAGACCCCUCUAACCCUCUCAGGGUCAAACUACAAAAUUGUGGUGGAGGGGAUUGCAGGCCAGACUGAACAGGGAGUCAUAGCACUUGAUGAUGUUCAGGUUUCAAACUAUCCCUGCACUCCUUCAGGACAAUGUGACUUUGAGGCAAACUUCUGCAGCUGGAUGAAUCUGAUGGAGGUGGAUGAUGCAGACUGGCUCAGAGCCCAGGCAGGCACUGGAAAUCACACUCGACCCAGUGUGGACCACACCACCAACACUUCCACAGGUUAUUACCUUUAUAUGGACAGUUCUGUGGGGUUCUGGGGAGAGACUGCCAUGAUUCUGAGUGAGAUAUUCACACCUGACAGCAGGGGGCACUGCUUCACAUUCUGGUAUCAUAUGUAUGAACACAAUGUUGGGACGCUCAGAUUAUACAUCAAUAACAGGACCAUCCAUAACAGCGGGAAUAAGUUUGGCCAGAUAGUAUGGGUGGAGUCAGGAGAUCAGGGCGAUGUCUGGAGGAGAGGAAACAUCUACGUGUCAUACCAAGAGCCUUUCUGGUUUAUAUUUGAAUUCCUGAAGGGAGCAGGUCCCAAAGGAAGUAUAGCUAUUGAUGAUAUUCACAUUAUUCCUGGACCUUGUGACUCAGAUUCCACCUCACCAUCUCCACAAUCUCUUGACACUGUAGGUAUUGGUGUUGGAGUGGGAGUGACACUUUUGGUGAUAUUUACUGUUGGUGCUGUCCUUAUUGUGCUGAAUAAAAAAAGAAAAAGGGAAUCUAUAGUUGAAGAUGACAUGCUUGAUAGAAACUUUUCUUAUAGCCCUUUUGACUGCAACAUGAGCGGUUUAACAUCCACAGCAGAGAACGGCAACUCCAGUGACUUAAGGAAAAUUUCACUUUCAGCAGAUGAAAAUGACGCAUCUUUCACAUAAAAUGAGCAAUCACAAACUCAGAAACAAAUCUUCUGUAUCACAUGUCAUCUUUAUGCCAUCUAUAUUCCUAUUAUCCUUAUAAUUGACAACCAACCAAAAAAUGCCCGACUGACUGAAUCAUUGCCAAACACAGCAGCUGAGUUGAGCUGACACCAUGUACUGUACUAGAAAUAAAAAAGAAAAGGCUCAUUGGCGACAUAUAUGAGUUUUUUACAAUCUCAUGUACUAUAUAAUAGCUUUUAAAAACAUUUAUAUACUUCUAGAUGAUAUAAUUUAUACUUAUUGUCUGCCAUGUAAAUCAUGUGCAUGCCACAGUGCCAUUUUAAAGGUGUUUUCAUUUAUUUUUAUUAUUUUUUUAUUUACAUUUUCACCUACUACUUGGAUAACAACAUUGCAGUGAAAUAUGCUGAAGAGAUGUACUACUUAUGUUCAGCUAACAUUAUUUAGAGUAUUGGGAACCCAACCUUUGCUCUUUUAUAUUUCACUUUAUAAGGUGAAAAUAUUAUCAAUUAACACUAAUGUGAUAUUAAGGGCUUUUCCUAUACUGCUUUGUAUUAUACGACACCACAUUGUAUGACGGCUCUCUUAAUUUAUUUCAGGCAAAUUACAAGAACUUUCUGACGUACUGGAAAUGGGUUUUGACCAACAGUUUUGCUGACAAUUUAGACUUUACCUCAGACAUAUUUCCUUUCUUUAUUUCCAAAAAAAUAAAUCUUAGCAAGCAGAGGCUUGGAUGGAA